GGCACACUUUUCCCCCUCAAAUCAUGCUCCCGCUCACCCCCUGCCUCCUAUCCCUCGUCCUCCUGGUCAGCCCGGCCCUUCUGACCCCAUCAGCAACAAGGAAGUUGCAACAGACAACAAAGCAUGAGCAGGACUCCAUUAAGGUAGUGAUCUCAGAAGGCUGUGCUACACAUGGAAAUUCGUCUGGUGGAGGAGAAGAAGGGAAGGAAAUUGCACUGGCUCCUGGUUCUCCAUUGGUCCUUACCCAUAAAAUUAAACUGGUUCCUUCCGGAUCUGAGUCUUGUGGCUGCGAGGCAGACUUUGCUGCCCUGAGAGAACGUCUGGAGAGGCUGGAGAGGGAGGUGUCCGACCUCCGGGAGAAAUGUGAUGCAGCUGGAGGAAGCUGCUGCACCUCUGAGAGCAAAGGUGCAGGCUGUUCCAUCAAACCAGGGACUGACGAGUGUCCCAAUGAGUGCAGUGAUCAGGGUCGCUGUGAGGACGGCAAGUGUGUCUGCUUUCCAGGUUAUAGUGGGCCGGACUGCAGCGAGUCCAGCUGCCCAGAGAACUGCAGUGACAAAGGAAAGUGUGUGAACGGCCGGUGUGAGUGUGAUCCAGGAUUCACCGGUCCCGAUUGUUCCCAGACCUCAUGCCCUGACAAUUGCAGCAACAAGGGCAGGUGUGUGAACGGCAGGUGUGAGUGUGACAGUGGCUUUACUGGUCCUAGUUGUGCAGACAAGUCCUGCCCUGGAAACUGCAACAGAAGGGGGCGCUGCGUCAAUGGACAGUGCGUAUGCAAUCCUGGAUUCACCGGUCCAGAUUGCUCCAAAAAGGCUUGUCCCAAUGACUGUAACAACCGUGGUAGAUGUGAAAAUGGUAAAUGUGUGUGUGACGGUGGGUUUACUGGUGCAGACUGCUCAGAGAUUGCCUGUCCUGGAAACUGCAACAACAGGGGGCGCUGCGUUAAUGGACAGUGUGUGUGCAAUCCCGGAUUCACCGGCACAGAUUGCUCUAAAAAGGCUUGUCCUGAUGACUGCAACAACCGUGGGAGAUGUGUAAAUGGUAAAUGCGUGUGUGACGGUGGGUUUACUGGUGCAGAUUGCUCAGAGAUUGCCUGUCCUGGAAACUGCAACAACAGGGGGCGCUGCGUCAAUGGACAGUGUGUGUGCAAUCCCGGAUUCACCGGUCCAGAUUGCUCCAAAAAGGCUUGUCCUGAUGACUGCAGCAACCAUGGCAGAUGUGUAAAUGGUAAAUGCGUGUGUGACGGUGGGUUUACUGGUGCAGAUUGCUCAGAGAUUGCCUGUCCUGGAAACUGCAACAACAGGGGGCGCUGCGUCAAUGGACAGUGUGUGUGCAAUCCCGGAUUCACCGGUCCAGAUUGCUCCAAAAAGGCUUGUCCUGAUGACUGCAGCAACCAUGGCAGAUGUGUAAAUGGUAAAUGCGUGUGUGACGGUGGGUUUACUGGUGCAGAUUGCUCAGAGAUUGCCUGUCCUGGAAACUGCAACAACAGGGGGCGCUGCGUCAAUGGACAGUGUGUGUGCAAUCCCGGAUUCACCGGUCCAGAUUGCUCCAAAAAGGCUUGUCCUGAUGACUGCAGCAACCAUGGCAGAUGUGUAAAUGGUAAAUGCGUGUGUGACGGUGGGUUUACUGGUGCAGACUGCUCAGAGAUUGCCUGUCCUGGAAACUGCAACAACAAGGGGCGCUGCGUCAAUGGACAGUGUGUGUGCAAUCCCGGAUUCACCGGUCCAGAUUGCUCCAGAAAGGCUUGUCCUGAUGACUGCAACAACCGUGGGAGAUGUGUAAAUGGUAAAUGCGUGUGUGAUGGUGGGUUUACUGGUGCAGACUGCUCAGAGAUUGCCUGUCCUGGAAACUGCAACAACAGAGGCCGAUGUGUCAAUGGACAAUGCAUUUGUGAAGAUGGAUUCACUGGGGAGGAUUGCUCAGAAAGAACCUGCCCCAAUGACUGCAGUGAUCAAGGGCGGUGUGUGAACGGCAGGUGUGAGUGCAACUCUGGAUUCACUGGUGAGGACUGCUCCCAAAACUCUUGCCCUGACAACUGCAACAACAGAGGCCAGUGUGUUGACGGGAAAUGCGUGUGCAGGGAAGGUUUCACUGGGCAGGAUUGCUCGGAAAUAGCUUGUCCCGACAACUGCAGCAACAACGGGAAGUGUGUGAACGGGAAGUGCGUUUGCUCAGUGGGCUUUGGCGGGCCAAACUGCGCUACCCAAGUCUGCCCGAACAACUGCAGCAACAGGGGGCGCUGCAUGAGAGGGAGGUGCGUGUGCCGACGUGGGUUCACCGGGAAGGACUGCAGCCAGUGUCAGGAGGGCAUGACGGGACCGGACUGUGAUAUGGCCAUGUCGGGCGUCUCUCAGCUGAGAGCUCAGAACAUCACAGACACUUCAGUCACUCUGGUUUGGACUCCACCUUCUGUCCAGUAUGAGACCUACUACAUCACCUUCACCAGCCAGAAAGAAGGUGACCAGCAGAUAACCUUGCAGGUGGAAGGACAUCUGACCACCUUUAUUCAGACUGGGCUGGCUGCUGGUCAGAAGUACAGCGUCACCAUCGUUGGAGAGCUCAACGGCAGACGGGGAACUGAGAGCAUGACUGAAUUUAUGACGCUCAUUUCUGGUCCAACCAAUCUUCGAGUUGUCAAGACGACCUCCACCACAGCUGUGGUACAGUGGGAGCCCUCCCAGGGGGACAUUGAUCGAUACCGUUUGACCAUUAGCCCACGCGAGGGUGCGGGGAGGACUCGAGAAAUGACCGUAGGCCCUGGAGAAAAUUCUGCUCACAUUCAGCAGCUGGAGGCGGGGCGUAUGUAUGACAUCAUACUGGUGGCAGAGAAGGGCCUGAGCCGAAGCCAACCAGCAACCACCCAGGCGGUUCCUGGCAAGACAAUACCCGGGAUGACAAGAGAGGCUUUGGCCUUGCAGGUCUCUCAAGCAGCUGAAGAAGAUGUUAGGAGCAUGGACCAGGAACUGAAUCCGUCUUCUAAGGAGCAGGUUUUUGACCAGCAGACUAAAUCUAAAGAAAGGGAUGAAGCUGAUUCCGUGAGAGUCAAAGGUUCCAGUGACCCAAACUUACUUUAUUCCUCCACUGUGAUAGCCAGAACAAAGCCUUUACCUAGUCAAAUUCUGACAAGAAACGUCACCCGACCCAAAGAUCUUGCACAGCCUACGGUUUUAAGGCCACGGUUUCCAAAUCGGUUUCGUUACAAUGGCACAAGAGGUGUGCCUGGAGGGCAAAAAGUUGUCUCUGGACAUCCGAUAAAGCCACCAGAACAUGUUAAACCAGGUUUUGCCAGGGUCAAAGACUCUGAUGGAGACAAAAGUUUGGAUCCACCAAUUCCUGGCUGGAGGGAUGGCACACACCCAGCCGUAAUUCCUGCAAAUGAAUCAGAACGUCAAAAACCAGAGGAACCAAGGUCUCCGCUUGGCCCAAAUGUACAGCCACAAAGUGCCAUUGCUGAGGUUAGAAAUGACACAGGGGUCUUCCAAAACCAAGAGAAGAAGUGUGUAAAUAGGAUGACGGUGAAACACCUCAGAUUACCCCUGAAGGACAAGCUCAGUGGGUGUAGAGAGAAUGGGGAGGGGCUAAGAGAAAACUCAACAACCACAGAUCUGAAGUCUGCCUCCCUACAAACAGGAAGUGACCAAGACACUACUCCAGAUGCUUUACACCAACUAAUUAGAAAUACUUUUGACAGAAUGAAUAUCACUACUAUAUCUGUUCAUUUAUCCAAACCACUGAACCUCUCAGCUGAUGCAGAAACAGUGAGCAAGCAGAUUAUCGGUGGAAUGAAGCCAUUUUCUUCGUUGUCUUCUGUAUCCUAUUCACAACCAUCAUUGGACUCAGUAAAUACUAAAUCUGCAUCACAAACUAAUUUACUUUUAUCAUCUUCAUCUCAAUCAUCUUCCCCUUCCUCACCAUUAUCCCUGUCAUCAUUACCACCAUCAUUAUCCUCCUCCAACUCAGAUGAAUUUAAUUCGACUGGGAGCGAUGAGAUGAGUGUCGCCCAAACCAAAACUGCAACUGCCCCUGUGUCCCCUGAAAAUAGAAAAGUACCAGCCUCAGAAGGAGGGGCUUUUACACCCCAGCGCCGCAUUCCUCAUCGUGGGUACAACCGUCACCCACCUAGAAACUUCAGGAUACCUCCAAAAAAAACCCAACAAAUACUAAGAGCUCCCCAGGACUCUAGGUUGAACCAAACAAAAGAAGAAUCAUUGCCCUCAUCCUCUCCACCAGUUGAAUUGGAUUCACUGGCGAAGAAUACGAUGACAAACAAAGGUUUAACAGCAAGACUUGGAUCUUCUGGAUCUGAACAUACCCCGACAGAAAGGAGAAGGUUUCCUGUUCACCGUCCACCACCAAGGAGAAUUCAACCCAAUCAGUCUUUCACAAGAAGUCAGAAUCAACCAUCUACAAGCACUAGAGUUUCAUCUCCCCAAGAGACUUCUAACCCCAAAGAUCCCUCACCCUAUGACCCUGAGCCAUCAAGAGAGGACAGGAAAGUUGGAACAAGGAAACCCGACUUUUCAACUGCAUUUAAUCACACCACAAGAGGAAAUGGUGUCCCUUUAUCCCGCCCUCCUAACUUUAAUCGCCCACAAAACAGAACAAACAUGAGAGUUUCUCUAAACAGACGACCUUUGCCCAGGUUUCUACCAACCAAAAUACCAAGCAGUAGCAGGACCGUUACCGGAAGACAAGAUAGUGAGCUGGGAAAGCAUAGCACUCCUGACAACCAAGCAGGGGAGCAGAGUCUUAACACCUAUGGAUCCCAAAAGACUCAGUCAGGAGAAAAAGACAUAGUUCCAACUUUUGACAAUGUUCAGAUAGACAGGGACAGCACAAACACUAGAGCAAAAACUCAUGAAGCAGGAAGGGAAGACGAUGCACUGAUUGAUACCGAAAAAACUUCUGAGUCUUAUGUCCACGAAGAGAUAUCCAACACUGGCAGAGGAGUUGGUGAGAAAUACAAAGGUAUCGCCUCUCAUCCAACAAAUGACUCAGCAAAAACUGUACUUGACACUGAAUCUGAAAGGAGAGAAGAUUCCACUUCAGCUGGAGAACCUCUGGAGUUUGUCAGAGCGACAAACCGAACCUCAGAUGGAUUCACGGUCACAUGGGAUGCCCCAGAGGGGAAGUAUGAAGAAUUUGUUGUGAGCUCAACAGAGGCUGAAAAAGCGGAACAAUCACCAAGGAAGGAAGAUCCUUCGACUCAAGAACCCAAAAAUGGACUUAUUGUAGAUGACAACAACAUUGGUCAAGUGACAAAAAUCCUGAGCAGCAAUGGAGCCAAACCAACAGAAAGUAGAACGGUGCUGCCUGGAUCCGCUCGAUUGCACCAGUUCAAGGAUCUGCCUUCACAGACUGAAUACACCGUGACCUUGCUAGGAAUGGGUUCCGGCCUUCUGUCCAGUCUGCACAAGCUUGUCAUCAGUACAGGCCCAGAGCCUCCAACCAACAUAGCCUUCAGUAAGGUGACGGAAAACUCUCUGACGGUGUCGUGGACCAAACCCAGGAGUUCUGUUAGUGGGUUUAAAGUCACUUAUACUCACGCAGAUGAGGUGUUCCUGAUAGGUGAGCCGGUCUCAGUGACAUUGGACUCAGGUGACUCCUCCCUUGCCCUAUCUCGACUCUCCCCCGGAUCCACCUAUGAGGUCACCAUCAUCUCCACUCUUGGCUUAGACGAGAGCGACCCCAUCAGAGAUUCUGUCAUGACCCUUCCGGACCCCCCCACAGACCUGCGUGCCAUAAAUGUCACCGACUCCACAGCCUUGUUGUUAUGGCGUCCAGCCCUUGCUGCCGUCAACAAGUACGCCAUUGUUUAUGGCUCAGAAACAGAUUCUCCGGUGCGAGUCAUGGUUUCUGGAAAUGCUGCAGAGCAGCAGCUCAGCGCUCUGCAGGAAUCCACCACCUACACUGUCACCAUAACCAGCCAGCUGGGCAGCCUGGAGAGUUCUGCAGCCACCGCCAGCUUCACCACCACCAGUGUGGGUUCAGGGAGGGAUGCUGAUGGACCACGAGACCUCCUUGCCAACAACGUGACCCCUCGCACGGCGACGUUGUCAUGGAAACCACCAUCAAACCCUGUGCAGAGCUACUUACUGACCUAUCAGACUGAAGGGCAGGACAUAAAGGAGGUGAUUGUGCACGGCUCAGUGACCCAGUACAACCUGACCCGGCUACAUCCGGGCGCUCUGUACUCAGUAGAGCUAAUCGCAAUAAGAGGAGAACACAGACCCUCCAUCUCCACCAAGUUCAAGACCGGCACCCUGAGGUUCCCCUUCCCCACCGACUGUACACAGGAGUUGCUGAACGGCAUCCGCACUUCAGGAGAGGUGGAGAUCUUCCCUCAGGGGAAGCUCGGAACGCCGAUGAUGGUUUACUGCGACAUGGAGACAGAUGGCGGAGGCUGGAUUGUCUUCCAGAGGAGAAAAGAUGGUUCAGAGGAUUUCUACAGAGGCUGGAAGGACUACGUGAAAGGAUUUGGAGAUCUGAGUAGAGAGUUCUGGCUCGGUCUUGAAAAAAUCCACAACCUGUCAACGAUGGCCAAGAUGAUCCUCCGUGUGGACCUGAGGGACGGAGGCGAGUCUGUGUUUGCAAAGUACUCCACGUUCGAGGUGGCCAAGCGGAGCUACCCGCUAAAGGUGGAGGGAUACAGCGGCACAGCAGGUGACUCUAUGAGUUACCACAACGGUCAAAGAUUCUCCACCAAAGAUCGCUACCCGCCGACCUUCAUCACCAGCUGCCCCAUGUCCUACAGAGGAGGCUGGUGGUACAAGAACUGCCACGAAGCCAACCUGAACGGCCUCUACGGCUUCGACUUCAAACACCAGGGCAUCAUCUGGACCUCGUGGAAAGGAACGGACCAUUCCAUCCAGUUCACUGAGAUGAAGAUGAGACCGGCGGCCUUCAGACCUCCAGCCACAAAAUGAAGCUGAGGACAACAAUGAACUGCUAAACACUCGCUUAGACAGCGGAGUGUCCAUCCGUAUGCACACAAACAGAUUUUAAAGAGGAGAUCAAAUGAGGAGAGAUGAAGAGUUUUGGGGUUUUUUCAUAUGUAUAAAGUCAGUUAUAGUGUAUUAUUGUGCAGAUUAUUUCUCUUUUGCAAAAUGUGGAGUUUAAAUUUCGGCAGCUCUGAUGUACUUUAUCUAAAAAUCUUUUGCUUAAUCUUCUCUGUCAGACAUUUUUCUUUUUAAAAUAUGUAAUAGAUAUUUUAUAACAACAGCAAUUCAUAUUUUUUAUCAUAUCUCCUGUUAUUUCAACAUCUCAGACAUUUGUGUCGAUAAUUGAACCAAAAGGCAAAAAAAUGUAGAAAACAAAUAUCCAAAACUGCAUUUUCUGCUUUUUUUCUUAAAGUUUCUGUAAGUCAAACUAUAUUUAAGACUUAGAGGAGACGAGCAUUAACUUUA